GCCUCGCGUCUUAAAACGUAAAGCAGCCGAGACGUUAUCCCAAACGAACCCCUCACCCCUGAGUCUUCCUUCGUACCGUUACUAUAGAUUCAAACAACGCGUUCUUCGUCUUCUCUCUCUGCCUCUCCCCUCUGCUUCUCUGUUCAUGAACUGAAGAUAGGAGCUUGAUUAAUGGCUGGAGGAGGAGGAGAAGGAGCGAGAGAUCUCGAUCAGACGCCCACAUGGGCAGUGGCUUCCGUCUGCGCAGUCAUCAUCGUCAUCUCCAUCUUCCUCGAGAAGAUUUUACAUCUUCUCGGUCAGUGGUUUACAGAUAAGCACAAGAAGGCUCUGAAUGAGGCUCUUGAGAAAGUGAAAUCAGAGUUGAUGGUUCUUGGCUUUAUUUCACUGCUGCUGACUUUUGGCCAAAACUACAUAGCCAAAAUCUGCAUACCUGAAAGUGUGGCAGAUACCAUGCUUCCAUGCCGGCUUGUUGAAACUAAUGAGGAUGAUAAGGAACAUAGGAGAAGGCUUCUAUGGAGCUCAACUGGAGAGCCACUUUCUACUCAUAGGUCACUUGCUGAAGCCUCUGUUAAUUCAUGCCCCAAUGGGAAAAUCCCAUUUGUUUCCAUAAAUGGAAUGCAUCAAUUGCACAUAUUCAUAUUUUUCCUGGCAAUCUUUCAUGUCAUAUAUAGCGCUCUAACAAUGGCUUUGGGAAGGUUGAAGAUGAGGAGAUGGAAGGAGUGGGAGAAAGAGACUCGCUCCAUUGACUAUGAGUUCUCUAAUGAUCCUUCUAGAUUCAGAUUGGUCCAUGACACAUCUUUUGUGAAACAACAUACAAGCUUCUGGGAAAAGCAUCCUAUCCUGCUGUAUUUUGUCUGCUUCUUCCACCAAUUUUUUAGAUCUGUUACGAAGGCAGAUUACUUGACCCUACGUCAUGGUUUUAUCAAUGUUCAUUUGGCUCCUGGAAGCAACUUUAACUUUCAAAAAUACAUAAAAAGGUCACUGGAAGAUGAUUUCAAAGUAGUCGUUGGAAUCAGUCCUCUCCUGUGGGCUUCUGCGGUGAUCUUUUUACUACUUAAUGUUCAUGGAUGGGAGGAACUGUUCUGGGUCUCACUACUUCCUCCAAUUAUUCUGUUGGCAGUUGGGACAAAAUUGCAGGCUAUAAUUGCAAAGAUGGCAAUUCAAAUUAAGGAUAGGCAUGCAGUUGUUCAAGGCAUUCCUUUGGUUCAACUAAGUGAUUAUCAUUUUUGGUUCAAGAGGCCUCGUUUAGUUCUUUCCAUAAUACAUUUGACAUUGUUUAUGAAUACUUUCCAGUUAACAUACUUCGUUUGGAUCUGGUAUGACUUCGGCUUGAGAUCUUGCUUCCAUGACAAAUUUAAUUUUAUCAUCGCAAGAGUAUUUCUCGGGGUGAUAGUCCAAUUCAUGUGCAGCUACAUUACUCUUCCACUUUAUGCACUUGUAUCUCAGAUGGGAUCAGACAUGAAGAGGUCCAUUUUUGAUGAGCAGACAAACAGGGCUUUGAAGAAAUGGCACCAAGCUGUGAGGAAGCGGCACAAGAAGGGAAAUUCCCCUUCUCCCACCAUAACCCCAGGCUCAACUCCAAGAACAAGCCCUACUUCAUCCCCUAAUCACCUUCUUCAUCGGUACAAAACUACAGGACAUUCUGAUAUGAUGCAAACAAGAUACUACUUGGACCAGGAAAAUGAGAGGUCUGAGAUGAUAGAAACCGCACCAUAUUUCUCGGAUCGAGAUAACUCUGAAACUGAGAACGGCUACACCACAAUGAUGCAUAUGAUCCCGAGCUUCAAGCACAGUGCAGCUGAUGCCAACACAGCUGAACUCCGCCUGCAUGUAGAAGAAGAGAGGAAUGAAGAAUUCACCUUCGAUAAGCCUACAACAGAAUCUGAACAUUAGUCACAAGGCCUUCGCUGAAUUCACAU